GUUUUCCAAACGUUCAGAUACGUCACCUCUGUGACUGGGGUCUGCCAUCCCAAACAAUUCAUGAAAGACUGCACAGGACUGGAUAAAUAAUUAAGAACAGUGUGUUCUAAACGUCAACACGAAGGGCAAGAGCCUUAGGCUGAAGGGGCUGUGGAUUAUUUACUCUGAAGAAGCUCCUGUGUGGACAGGAAAGCGCUGACAGGUCAAAUGGACCCCGUGGAACUGAGAAAUGUCAAUAUCGAGCCUGAGGACGAGAGCAGCAGUGGAGAAAGUAUUUCAGACAGCUACCUGAGGGUGGGAAACUCUGAAAAAGCCGCCAUGAGCAGUCAAUUUGCUAAUGAAGAUGCCGAAAGUCAGAGGUUCCUAACGAAUGGAUUUCUGGGGAAGAAAAAGUUGGCCGAUUACGGGGAUGAACACCACCCUGGAACGACUUCCUUUGGAAUGUCCUCCUUCAACCUGAGUAACGCCAUCAUGGGCAGUGGGAUCUUGGGCUUGUCCUAUGCCAUGGCCAACACAGGGAUCAUCCUUUUUAUAAUCAUGUUGCUUACUGUGGCAAUAUUAUCACUUUAUUCGGUUCACCUUCUCUUAAAGACAGCCAAGGAAGGAGGGUCUUUAAUUUAUGAAAAAUUAGGGGAAAAGGCAUUUGGAUGGCCCGGGAAAAUUGGAGCCUUUAUCUCUAUUACAAUGCAGAAUAUUGGAGCAAUGUCAAGCUACCUCUUCAUCAUUAAAUAUGAGCUACCUGAAGUAAUCAGAGCAUUCAUGGGACUCGAAGAAAACACUGGGGAGUGGUACCUCAAUGGCAACUACCUCGUGAUAUUUGUGUCUGUAGGAGUUAUCCUUCCACUCUCUCUCCUUAAAAAUUUAGGUUACCUUGGCUAUACCAGUGGAUUUUCCCUGACGUGCAUGGUGUUUUUUGUCAGUGUGGUGAUUUACAAAAAAUUUCAAAUACCCUGCCCACUGCCUGUGCUGGAUCACAGUGUUGGAAACGUGACGUUCAACAGCACACUUCCAAUGCACGUGAUUAUGUUGCCCAAUAACUCAGAGAGCAUGGGUGUGAACUUCAUGAUGGACUAUACUCACCGAAACCCUGCAGGGCAGGAUGAGAACCAGGCCACAGGCCCUCUUCACAGCAGUGGAGUGGAGUACGAAGUCCACACUGGUGACAAGUGUCAACCCAAAUACUUUGUAUUCAAUUCCCGGACCGCCUAUGCGAUCCCAAUCCUAGCAUUUGCUUUUGUCUGCCAUCCUGAGGUCCUUCCCAUCUACAGUGAACUUAAAGAUCGGUCCCGAAGAAAGAUGCAGACAGUGUCCAAUAUUUCCAUCACAGGAAUGCUUGUCAUGUAUCUGCUUGCUGCUCUUUUUGGCUACCUAACUUUCUAUGGGGAAGUUGAAGAUGAGUUACUCCAUGCUUACAGCAAAGUCUACACAUUUGAUACCCCUCUGCUCAUGGUACGCGUGGCAGUCCUAGUGGCAGUGACACUAACUGUGCCCAUUGUCCUCUUCCCAAUUCGGACCUCAGUGAUCACGCUGCUGUUUCCCAAAAGACCCUUCAGCUGGGUAAAGCACUUCCUGAUCGCUGCCGUGAUCAUUGCACUCAACAAUGUCCUGGUCAUCCUUGUACCCACCAUCAAAUACAUCUUUGGAUUCAUAGGGGCUUCAUCUGCCACCAUGCUGAUUUUCAUCCUUCCAGCAGCCUUUUAUCUCAAACUUGUCAAGAAGGAACCUCUUAGGUCACCCCAAAAGGUUGGGGCAUUGGUCUUCCUUGUGACUGGAAUCAUCUUCAUGAUGGGAAGCAUGGCGCUCAUUAUAAUCGACUGGAUUUACAACCCUCCAAAUCCCAAGCACCACUAACCUGAGGGAAAGCUUUCCAUUGGAAAUGGCUGAAAUUAUGCUUCAGAGGACUUUUAUCUUCCUUGAUUGGGAUGGCCUUCAUAGGAAAUAACGAGAAGAUUCCAGAGACAAUUCCUAGUUCCAUUGCCUGACACCUGUGGAAGAGAAAAUUAUGGGUUUGGUCGGGAAUGGUGAAUGAUGCAUUAAAAAUCUGUGGCGCACAUUUCAAACCAGGCGUGUUUUGCAGUUGUGCAAGCAGAAUCUCAUUGGCUGCAUGUCUUGGUCAGCAGAAAAUAUAUAGUGCCCCUGUUGUUUACUCUCUACACUUCACCACCCCAGAUUAACAAACCAGUGUGUUCUCAGAACAUCAAGCAAAAAUGCUCCAGUGGUAAAGCCAUUGUCACUUAUGGCCAUCUCCCAUCCUGCAGCAACACUAAGGGUCUACUGACUGAGGCAGGCAUGUAUCAUGGGAAUUAUUCCUGUAAGAUACAUGAAUGACAGAUACUAGUCUAGAGUACUUCAUUUCAAUACUAAAAGUGUAGUCUGCUCAACUUGCUUAUUACACUGAAUUAGUGUCAAUUUUUUUUAUGGUAAAUGCUAAAACAUCUCACUAAACAGGGGUGGUAUGGUAUUUAAUUAUCAAGAAACAACAACAGAAUAAUGCUUUUAGCUAAACUGCCUAAUGAGACAGCGCCUGUUUUUCCAUGUUGUUCCUGGCAUUUUUGUCACACGUUUGUCUUUGAACAAGGCUUUCCCCUCUUGUCUUCCAUUCUCAUGGAUAAUUUUCAGAAGACCAUAAUUCAUGUGGAGACACUACCCAGUAUUGUUUGGCACAAUUUUAUUUGAUUAAACCUUCAGUGUAAGAAACUGUGAUUGUGCUAUAUAUUUGUGUAUAUAAUUUCAUUCUGUAGUUGCCAGAAUGUUGACAUAUGGUACAUUGGAUUUUCAUUUUAUACAUAUGUAGUUUUCUUCCUUCACAGUCAAAACAUUUAUAUUAUCAGGUUGGGACACGGAAUUAAGCUGGUGGGCUCAAAAAUCCAUGUGUAUGUAUGUAUCUGUCCACUGGAGACAUCUAAAAAUUAAACCCAAAGUUGUACAUAGUUCAGAUAUGCUCUUCACUGUUUACAACACUGUAAUCAUCUAUAGGAAGGUAGCAAAAAGAGGGGCUCCCCAUUUGUAAAUAAUUUUCAAUACUAGCACCGACCUUUGAGUUUAGCAUGUCUAGAAUGGACUCUGCUACUUUUAGCUCGCAUGGGAAUUUGCUGACAUCCAUCUGUCAUUAAUGUCAAGUGGUUAGAAAUAACUCACAAACAUGACAAUGAAACACAGUGUACCAUUCCUGUUCACAUUCAUAGAUACUUACAUGGGAUGAAGUUCAGCUGCUACUCACUGCCUAGAAUGUUCAGCAUUCACUACUAUUUUUUUUUUUCAAUUAUUUGUUGUGUACUCUACAUUUCAGUAUAACUAAGUAUGAAAUAAUGUAUCAUGCAGAUAAUAAGUAUGAAAUAAUGUAUCAUGCAGAUAAUGACCAUAUUGUCAUACUACAACAGUUUUUCUGAGGUGUGCCUAAAAGUAUAUAUUGGUUUUAUGUAUCAUUAUGGUAUGCCUUGUGAUAGAAAUUGAGCAUUACUAGAAAUUAUCAUAACUUUUUAGUUAUUAUGAUUUGCAAGAAAAAAAAAUCACCAACAGCAUCUUUAAGAUGCCUUUCCAUUUUCAUUCACCCAACAAAUACACCAAGAUAGAAAGUGGAAAAGGGAUGUUGCAAAUACUAAAUAUGUUUAGUCUGAACAUAUUUCAAUGUAAAUAUAAAAGAUUAAUCCAAAACUAUUGGAAAACUGUAAAAUCUGUACAUAUUUGAGUAUUUUACAUUGAAUGACUAACUUGAAAGUAUCCACAUUUGUAAUUAUACAAAUAGUCAAUAGCAAUAGAACAGUGCCAAAGACGACACAUCGCACCGUUCUUUCGCGUGGCCAUUUUCAGGGUUAGGGUUUGCACAAGCUGCAGGGCAGAUUUGCAGAGUACCUUGUUCUGGCAAAUUUAACCCAUUUGUAAACAGAUACAAAUUUUAUUUUCUUAUAUCAUUUAUAAGGUGGUUCAAUGUAAUGGGAAGAUUUUUUUUUAUUAUAGAGACUGUAUAUUGGUAUAUAAUAAAUGAACUUUUCAAAUGA